CGCUGGAAAGCCAGCUCUGCAUCAACAACGACCUUUCAUCCACGCUGUGGACUCCCAAACACGUAAGGCCAAGCUCCAAGGACCUAUUGCCCACCACCAAACUCCUGCUAUCCACAUGGGACACCUGCAGGAAAAAACUAUGCUCGGCUCACCCGUGGGAAUUAACCGCCCCGAUCAAAACAAUACACCACUGCAAUGGCACAUUCCCACACCGUAAAUGGGAAAAAAAGGGCAUCACGCACCUAUUACACCUCUACACAGCUGAAGGCCUAAAACAGUUCCCAGACCUUCAAACCGAAUACUCGCUCCCACCGAACUUCGCAUUCUCGUACCUACAAUUAAAAGCUCUACUGAUGGAUAACUCGAUCACCAACAGUAACCAGACUUUAAAGACCUCAGCGACGAAAUUUGAACGACAAUGUAUGUCAGCGACACCUCCGAAAAAAACACUGUCCACCUGCUACAAUGGCCUAGAAAACCCCAAAACAGAAGUCACAUGGAAAUUCAUGAAGGACUGGCAGGAAGACCUCCAAGAACAGCUCUCCCCAA